GGGAUGGUGUUUGCAAGGUUUUGAAUUUCUUUGCUUCAAGGAAGGAGGAAGGAGAGCAGAAGAAGAGGUGGGCAAAAGUUUUGCUCUUCUGUUCCAAUCUAUUCUACGUCGUUUUUGGGAAGAUAUCAAAAAGAUGAAAAGGGGGACCCCUAACCCCACUGGCCCUCCUUCUUCAGAGGAGGAGGCAUCGCUGGGCACAGGGAAAUCCCCUUACGUCCUGCAGGCCGGGAAUAUCCGAGAAUUCUUGAAAAUGAUGCCUGGAGAACAGAUCAAACAGGAGCCUGAAGAGAGUUCCCUUCAGGUGUGGGAAGUUCAGUGGCAGGAGUUCUUGAAGACGGUGGAGACCCCGGACCCAGAUUGGGGCACCCCAACAUUUCCAGAGAAGUCUUCUCCUUGGGAAGACACCAAGGGCUUCCUGGCUUCUUUUGAGCAAGUGGCCAAGGCUUGUCGGUGGCCCAAGGAAGAGUGGGUGACCCGCCUCAUGCCAGCCCUCAGCGGAGAAGCUGAGCAGGCCUUUCUCAUGCUGCCAGCCCGACACAGAGAGGAUUAUGGGGCAGUGAAAGUGGCCAUCUUGCGAGGGGAUGCCUUGAGCCGGGAAAAGAUCCGCCAACAUUUCAGGCGGUUCUGCUACCAGGAAGCCGAGGGACCCAGAAUGGCUUACGUCCGACUCCAGGAGCUUUGCUGUCAGUGGUUGAAAUUCGAACGCCACUCCAAAGAGCAGAUUCUGGAGAUGCUGAUCUUGGAGCAGCUAUUGACCAUCCUGCCCUCCCAAAUCCAGAGCUGGGUUCGAGAACAUGGGCCGGAGACCUGCUCUCAGGUGGUGGCCUUGGCUGAGGAUUUCCUAUCAAAACAACAAGGGGGCCAAAGACAGGAAGACCAGGGGGCCUUUCCAGAGAUGGCUGGGAGCUCCUCAGAAGGAGAUGAGACCCCUUCUGUCAAGGAGCAGAGACAGCUUUGCAUUAAGCCUAAAAAGGAAGCAGAUGAUGGAGAUCCCGGGCUGCAAGGAAGAUGGGACGCCAUAAACAAUGGAGAAGAAUGUGUGCCAGAAGAUUCUGAAACAGGAUGUCCACAUACAGCGCCAGUCUGGAAGAUCGAGGAUAACCUUUCCCAAUGUUGUAUGCAGGAAAAUACCUCAGUGAGUCACGAAAGACCAGAGCAUGCUCAGGAAACGGAUCCAGCAGAGGAACUGAUGAGCUCGAUUCCUUGUGGGGGAGUUUGUCGGAUCACCAGUGAAACUGCAGCCGCAGUCCCUGUAGAAAUUGAGUUUGGAAGAAGACGAAAUGCCUAUGGUUCAUAUGGUAGAAGCUCCAGUCUCCCUAUGAGAACUCGUGCGGGAGGAAAACCAGUCCGAUGCCAGAUCUGUGGGAAAUACUUCCUUUGUAGCUCGAAACUCGCCAUUCAUCAAAGAAGCCAUGCUGGUGAUAAGGCGUAUAAAUGGUUAUACCUCUGUGGAGACCAGCGUGUUUGCCCCCCUGACCUCAGUGAGAAUUGUCCUGGCCAGGCUGCCAUGUUCCACAAAAUGGUUCCUCGCAUGCGUGGCCAGCGGUGGGAAGGCAAAGAAGUUGUGGCCUUACUUAAUGGAAUAAGGUCCAGCCCUGCUCUAGCCCUCCUCAUGAGUAGCAGUUCCCAGAGAGGGCAGCAACACUGGGAAAAAAUCAAGGACCAGCUCCAGGCCCAAGGAUACACCCGGAACAUAGACCAGUUGAGGUCAAAGUGGAAACAGCUGAAGACAGACUUUUUUGCGGCUGGGCGACCUGCGGCAGAAGGAAAAGAGAGGCCGUCUGUUAUACCUCCUUAUUUCAAUCGGAUGCGGAGUGUGUGGGAUGCAGCAGGACGGCCCCCUUUCAAAGAUCGUCACCUGCCAGCCUCUUACCGAGCCCGAAGGCGUGAGCUAGAGAGACGUGAGGAAGAUGAUGGUGAUGCAGAAGCACAAGGCCCUUCCUGCUGAUGGGGAGAACAUCCAGAAGUAAAAAACAACUGCUUGUGUCACCGUGUGUGGAAGUGAUCGCUGAACACCAGCAGCAAAAAAAUGCAACUGGGAAAGUACUGUCAGGAGCAUGAUUGUUUUGCAUAAGGAUAAUGGAACAACAGUCAUAAUAAUCAGCCAGGGCUGGCCCUGUUAUUUGCCAGGGUGAGGCAGAUACUUCAGGCAGAAGAUCCAGAGAGGUGGGCAUGGAACCAUGGUGUGUUGUUGGAGGGAGACAGCUGUGUGCCAAAGAGUGUGCCCUGUACUCACUAAGAUACUCUGCUGUUCUCAAGUUCAGGAAAGGAUGUAGUCUUUUCUCCAGUGAUAAAGUUCACUGGCUCAUCCAGUUGGUUUUUAUAUCUAUGAUUCUGUGAUCUGGGAGGGGCCACCUUUUCCUCAGACAGUGAAAUAUGUGGGGUUGACUCCAAAAUUAGCAAUACAUGGCACUUUUUCAUUCCCAGAGUGCUUUACAUAACAUAUCUUACAGUGGCCAGAAAAGAUGGUUGCAGGCAUGGUCUUACAAGCAUUUCUAGGGUUUGGGUAUAUGUGGUAUUAUAAGUACCUCUUGGAUUUUGAGAUUGGGAAUGGCAUUUCUCAAAAUUAUCCUUCAGUGGGUGGAAAAUAGUUUAUUUCUCUUUCUACCCACAUGGGACUCCCUCUUACCUGCCCUCAAUGGUGUUUUAAAAUUUCUUGUUACUAUUUUGCACAAAUGUGGCCCUUAGCAUAAUUAGGUAUGUGCAUGUAUGUAUGUAUACAUGUAUACAUAUGUAUCUACAUACAUACACAUGUACGUAUGCACAUAUAUAUGUAGUAAUUUCUAACCCAUGUCACCUUCCCCAAGAAUGUGACUUAAAGCAGCUGAUAAAUACAACAAAUACAGUGAAAACAUAACAUGAAAAAGGUAUAUUAAAUCUAAAACACAUAAACAAAAGCAAAAUAAGGCACCCACACAGCUGAAAGCCUCUUCCUCCUGAUAGCUAUUUAUUUCUGUACAGUAAUGAAGACACACUGACUUCUGGUGCUUAUGUUAUAGUAAAUGCCAAAGUUAAUGUGUUGUAUAUUAAAAAAUAAUAAUAAUUUAA